AUGAUGACCUCCAUCGUCGUGACGAGCCCCUCCAGCGCCGGGGCCAGCCCGGAAACAACCAGGAAGUUCCCUCCUCCUCCCAUGAUGGACAGGGAGGAGGUAGGGCCAAAGAAGGUUGGGUUGGCCAUAUCCCUGGAAACAGACACAGGGAGGAACAACGACAUGUGGGCUCGCCACACCCUUACCUCGCCGAAACACGGCGGCACUACCAGUCCAAGCCAGUUCCUGCCCGUUCCUGCAGUCGGGGCAACCACCACGCUGAUGGUCGCCUGCCAGGGUCGCAUGGGCAAGUCGGAGAUUGAAGGUCGCGAGGGCGACAAACCAGCGGUGGCGAGACGUCCAUCUUGGCUUGACGACGACCUCCAGCCAAUGUGAGCCUGUCGUCCAUCGACUAGGAUUGAGUGACCGAUACAACAUUCUCAGUUGGCUAAGAGAGGAGCAUCACACCUUAAUGGCCACAACUUAUUGGUUUCUCCCGGCCUACACGGAUCAGAUACAGGGAACUACAUUACCCAUGAUCUUUCGGAAGACAUUUAGAAAUCCUGCUUCAUAUGCAUGCGGCCGUGACCUUGAGCAGUGAUGCACACCUCUGGAUGGCAUAUGUGAAGAUUGCAUGACCUUUCACAAGUGGCAGAAUUUGUUAAUUUCAGUUGCUUUGACCCGAGCAGGCUAAGGGAAGAGUUUGAAGUCUGAAUGAAGUGUGUUGCUUUUGGAUGCAUGGAAGCUAAUACUUUCUUUUUAGUAUUUGAUUUGUUCAUUUGGGUUUUUAUGUUUUGGAGCAUGUGAGCAAGAUAUGACAGUGACCUGUCAUAGAUGUGACCUUUGAAUAACCUUGCAUGAUGACCUUUGACAUUGACCUUUUCCAACGCACCCUGGUUGAAGCAACUCCCUCAAAAACGACACUGGUAGUAGUAGAAAAUAUGGCUUUUUGUUCUCUGUAUGGCAGCUACGACAAAUAAAUGACAAAUACAUACAGCCCAUUAAACAAUAUAUCUGCUUUCCAUUUCAUAAGACCUCUCUUCACUGGGUCUCCUGCUUUCUUGUGGCCAGUCUUAAUAGGACCACAAGCCACAUUUUCACUAACACCCAUCCCAACAUCAGAAAUCCAGCUUUAAAAGCUCUCUGUGACCCUAUAACUUAAUCCCAAACCCGGUUAACCCAAACCGCCAGUUUGGUCGCAAGAGUCGACGAACCCCAGCUUUGAAGAUGGGUUAUAAGCAGGCUAAUAAAAGAUGCAUGCUUUUAUUGAUAGUUUUGUUUUAGACUGUGCCAUGAGAUCAUUUCCAUCUGCGCCACACAAUAUGCUGUAGAGGCCUAUAUUAGUGCAGUGAAUUCAGUGGUUUUUCUCCCAAGUGCUCAGCUGGCUGUGUUUUUGGCUAGAGCUCCACCUUGUGUUCAAAUGGACACAGUUUUUAUCAAUUUGGAUCUGCAGAUCUAGCCGGAAUAACCAUAAAUAAAUUACUGACUUUUAGAUCAUAUUAAACCUACAGUAUCUCAUUAAGCAUUCAUGAUUGUUUACUAAGAACUCAUACUGUUGUCAAUGGUAACCCAUACAGUACAUUAAGCCUACAGGUGUUUUCAACACGCCCCCUAUAUUCCAACACACUUUUGUACUAUUCUCAUGUCUGUAUGUAUUGCAUUGUGUAGUUGUGGGUUCAUAUCUGUAUAUAUUGCAUUGUGUUGUAGUUGUGUGUUUGUUCAUUAGUGUGUUUUUUUCUCCAUGUCUCUGCUUUCGUAGAUUCAGUCACAGAGCUGCUAGUGUGUCAGAUGUCCCGGAGUAAGUGAUUCUUUGUUACCCAUCGGAUGCACAUCCCUGCCCUCCUAAACCACACUUGCUUAGUAUGCUAAGAUCUCUAGACCCCAACUUCUAGACAUUUCUAGUAGAUCUGUAAGGAGCUGAUAGGUGUAAGCAAUAUGGUGGAAACUCUGGCCUUACUGGACUUUUAACCAUAUUACACCCAUCCUUUCCAUUUAGAUAUACGAGAAGUGGAGAGGGACUAGUGGUUGACUUCAAAUGUGUUUUUAACCAGCUUCUGUUAUCUGCAUGUCUCACACUCACACAAUCAAAAGCAAACGUUGGAACUCAAGACGCGCCUCAACAAGUAACUUUGUCUCUUCUAGCCUUCGAGGGUCUAAUGUGGAAUGGGAUGGACCUAGAUCACUCCCCUGUGUCUUGUGUAGAGCUUAUAGUCUCGUAAACCCGACCCUAAGCAACAGCAGGGACUAGGGUCUGGUUUCAAUGACAGACUCUUUUGGCAACUUCGAUAAGGGUAAAACAAAAAUCUGGGGUGGGUCCUGUUCAGACAGACAACUCUCCCAACAAAUCAUAAAGCAGACAUGCCAGAACGUCGCGAUUUGAAACCAAAGUUUGCAGGCAAAACCUUUGCAGGAUUUAGUGAAGGUAGUUGAUGCAAACUAGCCACUUGUGAAAUGUACUCAUUAAAAAUAACCUUGUUGAUCUCCAUCUUGCUAGUUACUAUUUUGUAUUUUAUUCAAACGAGUAAGGUAGUGACAUAGGCAGUGACCUAGUUCCUCUAUGCCAAACUGUUCUGUUACAUACAGACAUGUGAAGCCGGAACAUUCAAAAAUUGUGGGAGGCAACAUGGGCAUCUAGAGAGCACACCAUAUGAUUAAUGUACCAUACACUCACACAAUGACAUGUACCAUCACUGUAACGCCACUGUAUGAGGAUCUCACUGUGGUUCUCAAAACAAAACCUGGGUCAAAUACUUGCAGGGUAUGACUUUGAUGCUCUGUGCUGUUCUGUUGUAUAGAUAUGCUUCUGUAUAUACAGUGAGCUCCAAAGGUAUUGGGGCAGUGACAGUUUUUGGUUGUUGUUUUGGCUCUGUACAGCACUUUGGAUUUCAAAUGAUACAAUGAUUAUGAGGUUAAAGUGCAGACAGUUUAGAAAUUACAGCACUUUUUGUACAUAGUACCCCCAUUUUAGGGGACCAAAAGUAUUGGGACAAAUUUAUUAAAGUAGUAAAAAGUGAAGUAUUUGGUCCCAUAUUCAUAGCACGCAAUGACUCUACAAAUUUGUUAGAUGCAUUUGCUGUUUGUUUUGGUCCCAAUACCCAAAACGGUUCACCCGAUAUGGAUUAAAAAAAUACCCUCAAAUUAAAGAUUCACUAUGCAGAAAUCGCUCCGCCAUUUCCUGGUUGCUAAAAUUCUAAUAGUUUGCCAAAUUGUAGUUUAUGUGACAGAACAAGCAAGUAUAGUGUAGAGAAUCAUUGUACCAUCUAAACCACUGUGAAAUACAGCAUAUUUUCCAUAACCAAAAAUAUUGUAUUUUCAGCUGUUUGAUGCUGGUGUACGAAACCAAAAGCUGCAAUAUGUAACCUUUUGGGCGACCGGACCAAAUUCACAUAGAAAUGUGACUUAUAAAUCUGUCAUUCUCAUUGAAAGCAAGUCUAAGAAGCGACUGAUCUGUUCUAUGUGGGCUAUUUCUGUGCUUUCGGUUUUGUACACCAGCUUCAAACAGCUUAAAAUACAAUAUUUUUGGUUAUGGAAAAUAUAUUUCACAGCAGUUUAGAUGGUACAAUGAUUCUCUACACUAUACUUGCUUGUUUUGUCACAUAAACUGAAAUUAGGAGAACUAUUCGAAUUUUAGCAACCACUAAAAAUGGCGGCACAAUUUCUGCAUAGCGCACAUAGAACAGAUCUACCGCUUCUUAGACUUGCUUUCAAGGAGAAUGACAGAUCUAUAACACACAUUUCUAUGUGAAUUUGGUCGGGUCGCCCAAAAAGUUACAUAUGGAAGCUUUAAAGCUGACAAUCUGCACUUUAACCUCAUAGACAUUGUAUCAUUUCAAAUCCAAAGUGCUGGAGUACAAAGCCAAAACAACAAAACAUUUGUCACUGUCCCUAUACUUUUGGAGCUCACUGAAUAACCUUUUGAUAGCAUUUGAUACAUGUGGUUAUAAUAUGCCUUUAUUAACAUUAUCUCUGGUACCUUCUGCAUGGUUCUACACAGUAUAAUACAAAUUAAUGUAUACAGAACAAUAAUAUCCAAUAAUAUCAUAUUUGUGGUAGUGCAAUGAGAUGUAUUGUCAGAAAAAUAAUGAGUUUCUUUUGGGUUUUGUUUAUUUACAUUUUAGUGGACCACUUCAGUACCUAUAGAAGUUGUAUCCGUAAAGCGUUUGACCAUCAACCCUGUUUGACCUCUACCUUUCCUGGCUGAACUAUCAUCUACUACGUAAACUCCAGAGCUCCAGAAAACAUGAAUUCACCUUAUGUGCCUGGAAAUAAAACAUUUUCUGUCCAUACCGUAUGCAAGACUUUUCUCCUAGUAAAUCUCUUUAUAACUCCUUCCCCUCUCUCGUCUCUUUUCUCUCCUUUCUUUUCCUCAGGAGUGUGAGUAUGAUUGACAUGCGCUGUGAGGAGGACGCCGUCUUGCCGCACCACAGCCAGGUGCGCCACGAGCUCAUGCACAACCAGUACAACAUGAUGAAGGAAGAAGAGGACCACUGGCAGGACGUAAGCACUCACACACACAUACACACACGCACACAUACUCAUACACUUUCAUACACACACUCACACCGAGUGGCGCAGCGGUCUAAGGCACUGCAUCUCAGUGCUUGAGGCGUCACUACAGACCCCCUGGUUCGAUUCCAGGCUGUAUCACAACUGGCCGUGAUUGGGAGUCCCAUAGGGCGGCGCACAAUUGGCCCAGCGUCAUCCGGGUUUGGCCGGUGUAUGCCGUCAUUGUAAAUAAGAAUUUGUUCUUAACUGACUUGCCUAGUUAAAUAAAGGUUAAAUAAGAAAAUAUAUACUUAUGCACUCAUAUAUUGACGUGUCUGUGUGUUAGGACCUAGCCCGGUGGAAGAGUCGCAGGAGAAGUGUCUCCCAGGACCUGAUCAAGAAGGAGGAGGAGAGGAAGAUGAUGGAGAAGCUGAUGACGGGCGAGGGAGGGGCCAUCUCUCAGAGGAGGAAGAGUAUCAAGACCUACCGAGAGAUCGUGGAGGAGAAGUAGGUCACUAGGUCGAACCCUGGUUUCCAUAUUGUUGGUUGCCUCAAUGUACAGUAUAGACCUAUACCUACUCUCAUGUUUCUUAUAUCCUGGCCUGUUGUUUUUUAUCGCAUCCUGGCUUCAACCAAUUUUGUAUUGCUUUUAACUGCAUCAGGGGAUCAGUAGCAAUGUACAGAAAUAUUUCAACAAUGAUGCUUUCGUCAGUGUGUAGCCAGUCACAUGGCCCCUGUCUCACCUUGUCCUCCCGUCUCUCCUUCCCUAGGGAGCGUCGUGAGAAUGAGCUCCGCGAGGCCUACCGGUCAGCCCGCACCCCCGAGGAGGCGGCGUUGGUCCUCCACCGCUACGCCCAGCGUUUCACCAUCAGUGAAGCAGUGCUGGAGCGCCUGCAACUGCCCAAACUGCUGGACAGGAGCGUCUCUGAAGAUCCGACCACUGCCACCAACACACAUCUCUCCCUCACCCCCACCUCCCGUUCUCCCAACCCCACCUCCCCGGAAGAAGAUCCAAAUGGUCCUCUGAAGUACCUGAGGCAGCAGUCGCUCCCGGCACCCAAGUUUACCGCUACCGUCGAGGCCCAAGUGGCGGGGUUCCCCCAGGGUCAGUCUCAUCGCCCCCAGAUUCGGUCACGCACGCCUGAACCAAACCCCUCUAUCCAGGCUGUCUCGCCUAAGUCUGUGCCUUUGCUGACGCCCAAGCCUUACAUCCAACCCAAGGACACGCAGAUGCUGGCAGGACCCAAGCCAGGCAAGGUGAGGCACAAAAUGCAAGCUAAUGGAGCAUCAGCAAGGGUUUUAUCAGUGUUAUAUUGUGUGAGCCAGGGUUCAAAUUACCAGGGUGUCGUCGGGUUGUUUUGCACUCCCAUAACAAAUCAGGGCAGCUUCCAGAAGUGUUAAGAUACUAACAGAUGCUAAGAUACUAGCGUCCCCUAAAGUAGUUGGAAUGUUUUGUUCAGCCUAGUAUUCCCAGGGCACACCGAAAUGUAUUAUGUAAAUAGAACCCUGGUCUUGGCAUUUACAUUAGAAUAGCAGACAGAAACCAUGGAGAUUGGGUGUCAUGUUUUCAGACAGAAAGAUAGAAAUCCCAUUUCCUUUUUCUGCGAAGUCGGUUGUGAGGUCUCGAUUUAGCACAACAGGGUGUUCAUUUUCAUCCAUACAGUGAUUCGCCAAAUGGGCCUAUUCCAAAGGAAGAUAACAUGCUUUUCGGUUAUUACGGGAACAAACCAGGAGCCAAUUCUUUCCACUUUAGUGGCUGGAAUGUCUUAUUUGGAGCAGAGUGGAGCCUCCGCCUGAAUGGGGGGCUCUGUUCCGUAUUGACUUAAAAAGUUGACGAGUAGGCCCUCUCAAUGUGAAGUGGGUCUCCAGGCAGACAAAGAGGGCCACACAGACUGAGGGGGGAUUAUGGGUAGUGAGUACCCCUCCAUUCAACAACCCCCCUGUGCGUCUGGAGUUAGCACUCGGUGCUGCUCACACAUACAUUACAGCCUUUCAUUCAGUCCCAGUGUUUUAUCAGGAGCUAGCUGAAUAGCUAAUAGGCCAGCGUUAACAUGAAUGAGUUAUGGCUUUAUUUACAACAUGGGGCAACUUCCGGUCUGGAGGGUCAGGAAUAGAACUGUCUGGUCAUAUUGCGGUCAUUGCUGUGGAAUGUGGGAUUUGGGAUUUCACUCCAGUUGACUGUUCUUGCAUUGCUGUCUGAUGGAUAUUUUUGGUGAGGAUGCAGUCACUGUGUCUCUAAAAUGGGAUUUUAAUGUUUGAUUUUUAGAUUGAAAUGCAUCUUUGUAGCGUGUGCAUAUGUUCAUGUGUGCCCACAUAUGUGUGCACGUGCUGUAUGUAUGUGCAUGCAUGUCUGUGUUCUUUAAGCCUGAAGUCUAUAACCUGUGUACUCAGGUAGACGGUUUGCUGCAAGUGAACGGCGACAUGGGAAACGAUGAGGUCACCACUCCAGAGAGCAACGGAAGGACCUCCUCUGAACAGUUCUACCCCUCCACUGCCACGCCUACAGCCUCCUCUGACCCUUCUGACACACACCCAUGUGUGACCACUCCCCCACCCACACAUAGCCCCUCCCCCAGGGCGAGCCAAUUAACAGCCAUGACAACUGUGGCACAGGGUGGCACAAGCACAAGCACAGGCACCGCAGUGACACCUUCUUCAGUGCCAGGAGAAGGUGAUGCCCAGGAGAAGGGUAAUGCACAGGAGUCCAUCCCGCCUAGCCGGCCCACCUCACUGCCCACGGUGAGGCUCCAGUACAUGCUGCUUUGUUUCUCUGAAAAAAUAUAUAAGUUAUCAAAAGGAUGCUCAUUGGAUCCAAGGGUCUGAAUAGACCACGUACCGCUAGCAGCAUGUUAGCCAUAGACUGUUAGUGCUAGUUGUGCAUAGCAAAGAAAGACGCAUAUAUGUAAGGAAUUGGCAACACAUUCUCAUUUUGAGAAAUAAGCAUCUUCUUUGCCGGGUAGAUGAUUUCAACAUCUAAACAAAGUGAACAGGCAUGUUGUUCAAACAGUUGGAGUCGGACAGGAAGGUGUAUUCAUAACAACAUAAGUCUUGAAAACUGUUAAGUGAAAACCUACAUAUAAACCAGAACUAUGUGUUGUUCUUAGUCUACAUGCAGUCAUAGAUAGGAUAAAGCAACAUUGUGUCAGAUAGGUCAUGACUUCAACAAAAGGAACGUGGAGGACGCAUAAUCAGAGUAUUUCUUCCUCUGUGUGUCCCUGCAGGAGCUGCAGAGCACAGAGAGCAUUAUGGAGGCGGGAGGCAGGUCUGCUGCAGGCCCACUGAAGGAGGGAGAGCCCAGCACAGCAGCAGCUGCAGAACAGCCCUCUCCAGCUACAGGUCUGUUCAUAUGCGUUACAUCGAAUACCAGUCUAACUGCUGCUACCCUGACACCUAGUGGUGACCAUUUAUAUUGUUUUUAUAACCCAUCAAAUCCUGUUGCUAUUCAAGAUGCAUGCUAGUCAUUUAUUAAUCAUUGUCUGACUUGCAAAUUAACAUUUUAAGCUAUUAAACAACUUAUUCAACUUGGUCUUCCUAUGGUUAAAGUCACAUUAGGACCCACGGUCUGGACCUAUACUCUGAUGGAGAACCUUGCUCUGAUGCACCUAAACAUGUGUCUCUGUCAUGUUUAAAGGCUCACAACAAGCUACCAAGGAACAAACAGUAGUGUGUACGAAUGCCACAGCGACCAGACAGAAUGCCACAGUCCCCUGUCCUGUUCAAUCAGAGCACGCCACACAGCAAGCUCAGCCAGUGACUGCACAGGUGAGAUCACCUACCAACCAAUCAAUGGCCCCAAUGCUCCAAAUAGCCAAUCAUUUGUGCCCCGCUUUACCUCAAACACAGUCUUAGACAUAAAGAAGCCUGGAAGAACAUGUUGGGGUUCUAAAAAUUGCCACACAUGGUAACCUUUCUAGUUCAAAGAGAUUCCUAGAGGAACCCCUCUGAAAAGGGUAUUCGAGGAACCAUCUGUAAAGGUUCAAACCUGAACCGUUUUGUGAUGGGAGGGGUUCAAUAGAGUACCACAGUAUGAGUCAUAAUACCCAUAAAACCUAGCAGUCAAAUAGGGAAAUGGUUCCAAUCGUUUUUCCACCAUUCAUUUUUUCCAUAGGGGAUUUUAGAAACACUUAAAAUAAGGGCUGUGUUUCAUGUAGGCUUAUCCUGGCAUGACGUUUUCUCUAGGACAAGGUGACUUUUAUUAAUAUAUUUGCCUGUAUUUGAAAGCCACGCCCCUAUUAAGCCAUGCCUCCAGUCCAGGGUUCCUCCAGGAACCCUUUGCUACAUAGAAUUAGUGGUGACUCAAAGAACCGUGGAGAUCUUCAAGGAACCCCUGGAGUUCCUCAAAGAACCAUUACUAGUCAAUGGUUAAUAUUUGCACCUUUGGUUAGUUGAUGGGUUCUUGGAGGAACCUUUAAUGUUUCAAAGAGUGCAGAAGCCUUGCCCAGGAGGGUGCAGCGCCAUAUAACUUUCAGAUAGAAAUGCAUUAUGUACAACAGGCAUGAUUCUAUACUGUGUAGAAUAGGGUAUCACGUAAGCUCUAUAAAUAAAAUGUAUAUCUGCUACGUUCUAACUGAAUAUUUUGAAUAUUCCCCAUGUCAUGUUUUGAUCAUUGUGUUUAUGACUUUUCUGGUUCUGAUCUUAGGUCAGUGAGCCCAGCCUUGAGUUGUCUCAGAGAGCAGAGGAAGUUGCUGCCUUGGCUGAUCCAGGACCUGUCAGAAACAAACCACCAUGUGAAGCACCCACAACAGGUAAUCAAAAUCUGUUUUCAGAAGAGAAUGAACCUUAAACUACCUUUUCCCAAUAGUCUUUAUUGUACGCAGCCCUUUCACCUCUGCUAUCACACGCCCCAACUCUUUUUUCCUUUGGUUCUCCAACUGGCACUCUGUAUUUUUGCUUUUGAUCGCUCUAUCUAUCCCCUCUUUUUCUCCUCACCCCCUUGCCCUGCCUCCUUCCUUCCCCCUCCUUCUCGCUUGUGCUGUAGAGCUGGCUAACAGUGCCAGUUAUCCGCCAGAAACCGGCAACCCUAGGUUAGGCCUACGCUGGGAGUUCUUCGCCCCACCAGGUAAACUGCUCACUGAAUGGUUGGGCUUGCCUGUAACCGCCGUUGGCGUUCACAUACUCAUACACUGUGAAGGGUGUCCCCAGUGCUUCCCCAGGGGCUGGGUGACAGCAUUGGAAACCCGUUGCCUCACUCUACUGUUUUUUAUUUUUUCAUUUAUUAUUGGUGUCCUGUGGAUCCCAUUAUAUUUUACAUGAAGUUGGUCUUAUUAUGCUGUAAUUACUACAUGAAUAAUGUUAAUACAACGUUGUUACAAUCGUAACUGCCGUGCAACUACAGGUAUAAGAGCAACUUCGUGUAAAGUGUUACAGCAUCGUUGAAUGUUGAUUUUGGUUCACUUUUGCACAGACCAUCUCCGAAAAGGAAACUGGAAUUGUUAGCCACUCAGUAGUGAAAAAUACCACACAGCUCGUAGCUUUUCAGCAACUCAAUCUUUAACUUUAUACCUUAUCACCUUGAUUUGUUCCCUGCCACCUUUCGCUUUAUUCCCUAAUUCCCCCCCAUGACAUUCAUUAUGUAAAUAGCUUUUUCCAUGUGUUCACACAAAGACAGCGUAGUUACCAAAUGAGAUGACAAAAAAUGUCAUGUCCACUCAGCAUCAGUUCCUGUGUUUGACAGAUGUUUGUUUUCUAACCGUCUACCUUUUUCACUCUAUUUCUAUUUCAUAGAGGGGGAAGAGCCGGAGCGUGGUAAAGUGGUGGUAAGUAGAUUGUAAUGGUGCUUUCCUGGUAGAGUUCUAAAUGGUUUUUUAUUGUUUCUCAUCUGGUUGAGACAUUAGGCCACACAAUAACAAAACGUUUUAAAACGUGAAACAAAGACAAGUGUUUCUUAUUGGGCAAGUUCAGUUAGUGGCUCCUCGUGUUCUUCUGUUUUGUGCCUACUGAGCACAAUCCUUUCGUUGUUUUUCUAAUAUAUGUAGGACCUCCCUAAGACCCAAUGAUUGAUUGGUCAUUCUUCAUUGGCUCAACCUAUUAGAUGAGGAAGAUGUACAAAGCGCCCAGCAUUGCGUUUCUCCUUUUCCCUUCUUCCCCUCAUCUCUCUUUUCUCUCUCCUUAGUAGGACUCCUUUGGCUAGCAUGGAAAUGGUGCUGUGGUAGAUCAACUGUCUGUCUCCUCUCUUCCCUGUUUGUGGAUGUGUGUGUGUACUUCGGUUUAUGGGUUUGUGGGUUGGUUUGUGUAUGUAUGCCUGCUGGGUGUGCCACAAAUGUUGUGGUGGUGUGUGGGGUAGUGGUGUGUUUACGGGUGUUGUGGUAGGUGUGUUAUGUGGGUGUGUGUGUGUGUGUGUUGUGUGUGUGUGUGUGUGGUGUGUGUGUGUGGUGUGUGUGUGUGUGUGGUUGUGGUGUGUGUGUGGUGUGUGUGUGUGUGUGUGACGUGUGUGUGUACGUGUGUGUGUACUGUGUGUGUGUGUGUGUGUGUGGUGUGUGUGUGUGUGUGCGUGUGUGUGUGUGUGUGCGUGUGUGUACGUGUGUGUGUGUGUGUGUGUGUGAGCCCCGGAUGGGCCCUAUCAGGUCACUCAGGUGUCAUCCCCGGUAGUGAUCCAGGUUAAGCGGGGUGACCGCUGGUCUUGGGACCCAGAUGAGGAGCGAAAGCGUCAGGAAAGGUGGCAGCAAGAGCAGGAGCGCAUGCUUCAGGUAGCCUGAGUUAUGCUACUAAAGACACAAAAGCAAAGCCUGACUUAGCAUGCUAAAGCUAGGCAUGAGUUAAAAUGCUGCUAUAAUUAUGGUAACAAAAGCUAGCCGAGUGGCAAAAGCUUGGCCUGAAUAAGCCUAUUGUUUACUGAAUCUAUGGUCUGCAGCCCCAGUUACAUUUACCCAAAGUGGGGGCUUUCUAUUAGCAUGCAGCCACAUUGAAAUUAACCACAAUAUUGCUUAGGCAUCUGCCUGCUCUGAGUCUGAAGUCGAACCCCAAUCUGCUACUCACGGUUGCAGCAUUGCACAAUAAAAAGCUUUGUGCUAUGGCAUGUCCUGCGUCUCACAUUCACUCGCCAGAACCCCAAAUCUGACGCCAGUCAACCUCGCACUCCUCCUCUACCUACCCAUCAUAGGGUGUGUCUCAAUUCUCCAAAGUAGCCUUCCUUUAUCCUUACAUCCUCACUAUAUUCUCAGAUCUGUACAGAAGAAUGGGAUGAGAUGAGGAAAGAAAGCCAUUUUAGACUAUUGACAUCCACCCACUGGGUUUGCUUGGCUGGUUCAUGAACCCUUGUCACCCUUGUCACCUUUGACCCCUAAACCCCCUUGUCAUUGCAUGGUGUGUCUGUUGCUUUGGUGGUUUUUGAUGGUUUGUCUUUUCUCUUAUCUUUACACUUUUCAUCAUGCAUGCUAUGUUUGUGUAUGCCCACUUUUCCUGUCACAUGAUUUUCCCAUGUUUCUCAUUGGCGCUUCCUACAGACCUGAACUAACACAAGUUAUUAAUUGAGAUGAAAUCCAAUGUGAAUGGAUAGUUCACCUCAAAAUCAAAGUUGAUCCAAUGUUUUCAUAUUUCAAAAUGAGUCUGAAGUUGAAUCUUCUAUGUUUCACACCAUCUGUUGCAGAGCUCUUUCAGUCCCACUUUAAACGAAGUGCAACCUAUAAAGGCUUUAUAUUACACUGAACAAAAAUAUUUGACUUAGUUACAGUUCAUAUAAGGAAAUCAGUCAACUGAAAUAAAUUAAUUUGGCCCUAAUCUAUGGAUUUCGCAUGACAGAUAUGCAUCUGUUGGUCACAGAUACCUUAGAAAAAAGGUAGGAGCGUGGAUCAGAAAGCCAGUCAGUAUUUGGUGUGACCACCAUUUACCUCAUGCAGCGCGACACAUCUCCUUCGCAUAGAGUUGAUCAGGCUGUUGAUUGUGGUCUGUGGAAUGUUGUCCCUCUCCUCUUCAAUGGCUGUGCGAAGUUGCUGGAUAUUGGUGGGAACUGGAACGCACUGUUGUACACGUAGAUCCGGAGCAUCCCAAACAUGCUCAAUGGGUGACAAGUCUGGUGAGUAUGCAGGCCAUAGAAGAACUGGGAAAUGUUCAGCUUACAAGAAUUGUGUACAUAUCUUUGCGAAACAUGAAGUGAUGGCGUCGGAUGAAUGGCAUGAUAAUGGAUCUCAGGAUCUAGACACGGUAUCUCUGUGCAUUGAAAUCGCCAUCGAUAAAAUGCAAUUGUGUUCGUUGUCUGUAGCUUAUGCCUGCCCAUACCAUAACCCCACCACCACCAUGGGCACUCUGUUCACAACGUUCAGCAAACCGCUCCCCCACACAAAGCCAUACAUGUUGUCUGCCAUCUGCCCGGUUCAGUUGAAACUGGGAUUCAUUUGUGAAGAGCACACUUCUCCAGCGUGCCAGUUGCCAUUGAAAGUGAGCAUUUGCCCACUGAAAUCAGUUACGAUGCCGAACUGCAAUCCGGUCAAGACCCUGGUGAGGACGACGAGCACGCAGAUGAACAUCCCUGAGACGAUUUCUGACAGUUUGUGCAGAAAUUAUUCGGUUGUGCAAACCCACAGUUUCAUCAGCUGUCCGAGUGGGUGGUCUAAGACGAUCCCACAGGUGAAGGAGCCGGAUGUGGAAGUCCCUGGCUAGCUUGGUUCAUGUGGUCUACGGUUGUGAGGCCGGUUGGACGUACUGCCAAAUUCUCUAAAACGACGUUGGAGGCGGCUUAUGGUAGAGAAAGGAACAUUACAUUAUCUGGCAACAGCUCUGGUGGACAUUCCUGCAGUCAGCAUGCCAAUUGCACGCUCCCUCAAAACUUUACAUUUUAUUGUCCCCAUCACAAGUUGCCCCUGUGUAAUGAUCAUGCUGUUUAAUCUGCUUCUUGAUACACUACACCUGUCAGGUGGAUGGAUUAUCUUGGCAAAUGAGAAAUGCUCACUAAAGGGAUGUAGACAAAUUUGUGCACAGAAUUGGAGAGAAAUAAGCUUUUUGUGUGUAUAGAACAUUUCUGGGAUCUUUUAUUUCAGCUCAUGAAACAUGGGACUAACACUUUACAUGUUGCGUUUAUAUUUUUGUUCAGUAUACAUAAAGCCUUCAUAAGCACUACAUAAAUGUUUCACAAAUCAUCUAUAAGCAUAUGUCAUAAUCUACAAAUGGUGUAUUAAGGGUGACAUAACAAUUCCCACUGUAGGGUCAAUGUCCGUGCCCCCGUGGAAUUCUAAUUAGCAUAAUAAAGAAAUCCCCAUAAAAAUCUGUCUGUUUAAGCUAGAGAUAUAUGUUUCAUAGGCUGCGUCUCAAUCCACCGCAUCAACCGAUGUCAGCGUUCCGCAUCUGUGGUGGAAGGUGGCAGAGCAACAGCGCUAUUUGUCAGACCAGGAGACAUCCAGAUAAAACGGUCUUCUCACAACUAUAGUGUCUGAAUGGUUUGGGCUACACACUAAUAUUGAAAGUCUCUCACGAACAUGAGGGUGUUGUCCGUUUUGCUCUAUGACCCCCACAAACGGCACAGGACUCAUCUGAAGUCAGUACUGCAAAUGUGCCAACUUCUGUCUGUAGCGUCAGAACUGUUUGGGCUACAACCCCCACAAGUGUCAUGGGACUCAUCUGAAGGUAACCUGGUAUGGGCAGAAAAAUGUAUGGAAGUGAAUGGGGCAUUUCCACGUGAAAGGUAUACGGGUAAUUCCAUGGUAAAAACUUUUUUUUUCUUCUGAGCUUUCUUAUAUCUCUCAAAUAUAGGACAGACACUUCAAAACAUACAGUGAGGGAAAAAGUAUUUUGAUCCCCUGCUGAUUUUGUACGUUUGCCCAUUGACAAAAGAAUGAUCAGUCUAUAAUUUAAAUGGUAGGUUAUUUGAACAGUGAGAGACAGAAUACACAAAAAAAUCAGAAAAAUGCAUAUCAUGAAAUGUUAUACAUUGAUUUUGCAUUUUAAACGAGGGAAAUAAAGUAUUUGACCCCUCUGCAAAAUAUGACGUAGUACUUGGUGGCAAAACCCUUGUUGGCAAUCACAGAGGUCAGACGUUUCUUGUAGUUGGCCACCAGGUUUGCACACAUCUAAGGAGGGAUUUUGUCCCACUUCUCUUUGCAGAUCUUCUCCAAGUCAAUAAGGUUUCGAAGCUGACGUUUGGCAACUCGAACCUUCAGCUCCCUCCACAGAUGUUCUAUGGGAUUAAGGUUUGGAGACUGGCUAGGCCACUCCAGGACCUUAAUGUGCUUCUUCUUGAGCCACUCCUUUGUUGCCUUGGCCGUGUGUUUUGGGUCAUUGUCAUGCUGGAAUACCCACCCACGACCCAUUUUCAAUGCCCUGGCUGAGGGAAGGAGGUUCUCACCCAAGAUUUGACGGUACAUGGCCCCGUCCAUCGUCCCUUUAAUGCAGUGAAGUUGUCCUGUCCCCUUAGCAGAAAAACCCCCCCAAAGCAUAAUGUUUCCACCUCCAUGUUUGACGGUGGUGAUGGUGUUCUUUGGGUCAUAGGCAACAUUCCUCCUCCUUCAAACACGGCGAGUUGAGUUGAUGCCAAAGAGCUCGAUUUUGGUCUCAUCUGACCACAACACUUUCACCCAGUUCUCCUCUGAAUCAUUCAGAUGUUCAUUGGCAAACUUCAGACGGGCCUGUAUAUGUGCUUUCUUGAGCAGGGGGACCUUGCGGGCACUGCAGGAUUUCAGUCCUUCACGGCGUAGUGUUACCAAUUGUUUUCUUGGUCACUAUGAUCCCAGCUGCCUUGAGAUCAUUGACAAGAUCCUCCCGUGUAGUUAUGGGCUGAUUCCUCACCGUUCUCAUGAUCACUGCUUGGAGCCCCAGGCUGAGGGAGAUUGACUGUUCUUUUGUGUUUCUUCCAUUUGCAAAUAAUCGCACCAACUGUUGUCACCUUCUCACCAUGCUGCUUGGCGAUGGUCUUGUAGCCCAUUCCAGCCUUGUGUAGGUCUACAAUCUUGUCCCUGACAUCCUUGGAGAGCUCUUUGGUCUUGGCCAUGGUGGAGAGUUUGGAAUCUGAUUGAUUGAUUACUUCUGUGGACAGGUGUCUUUUAUACAGGUAACAAGCUGAGAUUAGGAGCACUCCCUUUAAGAGUGUGCUCCUAAUCUCAGCUCGUUACCUGUAUAAAGACACCUGGGAGCCAGAAAUCUUUCUGAUUGAGAGGGGGUCAAAUACUUAUUUCCCUCAUUAAAAUGCAAAUCUAUUUAUAUCAUUUUUGACAUGUGUUUUCCUGGAUUUUGUUGUUGUUAUUCUGUCUCUCACUGUUCAAAUAAACCUACCAUUAAAAUUAUAGACUGAUCAUGUCUUUGUCAGUGGGCAAACAUACAAAAUCAGCAGGGGAUCAAAUACUUUUUUCCCUCACUGUACUUCCUUUGAUGUAUUUUUGGACUAUCUAUUUUUCCAUGUAUGAAUCUGUUAUUCAUUGUGUUUUUAUGGGCUAAUAGCAGUAAGGCUAAAUUCAAUGUUUCAUCAAAUACAUAUUUUUAAAUAUUAUUUUAUACCUAUAGGGGUCCUAUUAUUCAAAAUAAAAUAGCUAAAUGAUCCUUGGUAUGACCAUCUUAUUUGUGAAGCAUUUAUGUAGUGCUUAUGAAGCCUUUAUGUAUGCUCUAUACUUUGUACUUUGUUUAAAUUGGGACUGUUAUUUCUAUAUAACAUGCAAAAAGAGAACUGGUAAUGCAAAGAUUGGCAACUUAUUAGAUAAUAGAAAUCAAGGAAGCAAUUUGAAGCCCAGUCAUACUUAACUUACUACAUGCUACAUGAGGGCCAUAGGGAGAGUGAUAUGUAGUGAUGGGAAAUCAAGGCUUUCUGAAGCCUUUGGGGCUUUCACCAAAUUGUGCAGAAAAACGGUUCAUUACUCAGAGCUUUUAACACUAUGCACAUUAGUGACAUCUGCUGGUCAGCAAUGAAAAGCAGAAUUUGAUGUUCAUAGAGGUUUUCCCACAAUAUUCAUAACAUCUCCGUAGCAUGGCUGCUAGUGGAGGGUCUUAGUAACCUACUAGCAGUUGCUGCAACUGGACUCAAGGGUAGACGUAACAUAGUAAAUGUAAAUCCGAGACACUCCAUUUAGUAUGAAAUGUUACGUUUCGUAUGGUAUGUAUUCAUUUGUGGAGGUCCAUCAUCCAUUUCGUAUGAUAUGUUACGAAUUACAAUUCGUAUGACAUGUUACGAAUUGCAAUUCGUAUGAUAUGUUACGAAUUGCAAUUAGUACAAUAUCUUACGAAUAGCAAUUAAUAUAAUAUGGUACCAAUUUGUAAAAUGUAUGAUAUGUUACGAAUUCCAAUUUGUUGUGGCUAACAUUAGCUAGGUGGUUAAUCUUAACAUUUGCUAGGCUAGGGAUUAGAGGUUAAGGUUAGGGUUAGGGUUAGGUUAAAGGGUUAAGGUUAGGGUUAGGGUUAGGGAAAGGGUUAGCUAACAAGCUAAGUAGUUGCAAAGUUGCUAAUUAGCUAAAAUUGUCUGUGAUGAGAUUCAAACAUGCAACCUUUGGGGUUGCUAGACAUUCGCAUUAUAUGUUCGACCAACCACUUUACUUUUGUUUGUCUCACAUCUCUUCUUCUCAUUGUUAAUGAAUGUAUGCCAUCUCUCGUUGCCACGAUAACAGGAGAAGUACCAGCGCGAGCAGGAGAAGCUGAAACAGGAGUGGGAGAGAGCGCAAAGAGAGGUGGAAGAGGAGGAGAGGAGGUACCAUGAGGAGGUGUGUGUGUGUGUGUUUGUGUGUGUGUGUGUGCUUGACGAAGGUGGCAGGGUGGAGAGUAUGUGUAUUUGCAGUGUUGGGGAGUAGUGAACUACAUGUAGUUCAACUUGUAAUUCAACUACAAUUUGCAGUAGCUUGAUGGUAGUUUCAUUAAAUUCUAGGUAGUGUUUUCUGUAGUUAAUUACUUUUUUGCCAUGUAGCGGUGUAGCUAACUACUGGAACUACACUACUUUUCUUUGAGAAGAGAAGAAAAUAUGGGGGAAAUAGGCAAUCAUUUAUUUUCUUUUUUGGCAUCAUACCUGCCUAAAUCUCACUUGAAACAUAGUUUUUGUGUUUAAUAGGCUAAAUUGCACAUUCUGUUAACAUAUGACCCCAAAGUGAUCUAUUCUUGCAAUUUUGUAGUCUAUGACAUUUCAGAUUGAUAUAAGAUAAUGUUUCACUAAGUAUUUUGGAUGUAGUGAGCUACUUUAGUUAAGUAAACUAUAUUUUUCAUAAGGAUAGCUUUAGUGUAGCUUAACUUCUUCCAGUGUGAAGUAGUUGGUAGCUUGGUAAGCUAUGUUUUCAGAGUACCUUCCCCAACACUGUGUGUGUGUGUGUGUGUGUGUGUGUGUGUGUGUGUGUGUGUGUGUGUGUGUGUGUGUGUGUGUGUGUGUGUGUGUGUGUGUGUGUGUGUGAUGUGUGUGUGUGUGUGUGUGUGAUGUAUGUGACUGCUGACUGAAAACAUUUCCAUACAAUGACUCUUUCCUACAUUCUGCCCUCCCUCUCUCCCUAACUUGCUCCCUUCCCUCCUUCCCCUCCCCCCUUACCCCUCCCUCCACCUUCUCUCGUCCUUUCCUCCCUCCCUCCUUUCCUCCCUCCACAGGAGCGUAGGAUACUAGAAGAGACUGUGGCCCCCCUGACCCCCCUCUCCUCCACCUUCCCCUCACCCAUCCGGGGGGACGGCCCCACACCCAUGGACCCCCAGGACACCAUCGUCCGGUCGCUGGCCGACUGGGAACGCAAGCAGGAGCUGCUGGAGAGGCAGGGGGUGAGAGGAGAUGUUAUAUUGGGUUACCUUUUGAAUCAAUCUAACAUUUUGAAUUAGCCAUUUUAUUCAACAGUAAAUAUAUGCAAAGAGGCAAUGUGUUUUUUGUUUCAUUGGAUUUUAAGGUAUCACAACUUGACACAGUUCAAAGGCAUUAUACUCAGUGUAUGAGUAGGGACGUGGACUUCACUAAUCCAGUGAAAUUGUGAACUAACCAUUUGAAUUUAUUGAACAGCUUAUAUGUCCCAUAAGGCAGUAUGUUUUGUGUUUUAGUGGAUUUUAGCGUGAUUGUAACCUACCCUUUGAAACUGCCUUCAUCUCUCUUCAUCCACCAGGGGAGCACAGAGAGUGUGGAAUGGAAAGGACAAGAUAUCGACAGGAGUAGUGACAUCAGCACAGCGUCCAGAGAUGAGAGCCUGAAAACAGCAGUCAGGUCAGUCUGAGAGUGUGCGUGUGUGUGUGUGUGUGUGUGUGUGUGUGUGUGUGUGUGUGUGUGUGUGUGUGUGUGUGUGUGUGUGUGUGUGUGUGUGUGUGUGUGUGUGUGUGUGUGUGUGUGUGUGUGUGUGUGUGUGCCGUUGAACCCUACAAUGGGCAUGAAAAUAAUGACUUUCUAUUUAAUGUCAUUGCUCAUUAAUGACAAAUGUUUCUUUUUUAUACCCAAACUGAAACUAAUCAUUAAUUUAAUCAAACAAUCAAUCGUCCACAGCUCGAUCAGCCAGAACAGCAGUCAGGCAGACAAGCUGACUCAGAGUCUGAAGAAUGGUCAAAGAGCACCACCCGCCAUGGCCCUGCCCCAGCCCCCCAACAAGAAACAACAUCCAGAGGUCUUACUAGACUGCACCAAACCCAGCCAGCAGACGCCCUCUCGGGACAGGAGGUAUGUGCGGGUGCGGAGGGAUGUGGGGUAGGGGUAGGGUGCGUGCAUGAGUGUGAGUUUGUUCUGUCAUUCACAGGCUAAUAUGCACUGUAUCAUGCAGAGAGGUUUCUCUUUUUGUUUUUAAGUUAGGUUAUUGACUCGGAGGGCCCUCCGUUGUCACGUGUUGCUGACGAAACCCAGAGGUUGACUUCCAGAGAGUUGCGAGGGGAUCAAUAAACCCCUCAACUUAAGGACACACUCCUGACUUGAAUGAUGCAAUUCAUGUUCCACUUUUAAAUAUGAACAUGAAAAUCAAAUGAACAAAUCCAGCCUAUCGUUUUACAAGACAUAAACAUCAGUAACAGUUAAACAUUUAAUUUGGGAGGUAUUUCAUCUGUUACAUGUGUCAAGUCUGGAAAUCAGACAUAAACAAAUUCACGUGGCAAUGUAAUUAGGCACCACUCUCCCUUAUUUUGAUCUAAAUUGCACAUAUUCCAAACAUAUCACGGUGUGUGUCGGGAUAACACUUGGCUCUGAAGUAUACAGCCUUGCUGGCUUGGCUGAAGUGGCUAUCAGAGGGUCUAAUUAGCCCCUACACCCUCGAUCAGUUUUACUCCCUCAGCUUUGGGGCACUUGUGCAUAUGGCCGAGGCACACAGGAACGCGCAAAUGGAGGGCCGCGGGGAAGGGAGUGAUUUGGGAAUCAGCCCAGGCUUUAUAGUGAAAUGACAACAGAGAUGUUAUAUUUAGGAAUUCACAAAAAGGUAUCUUAUUUAUAAUUGUCCAACCAAUAAAAAAGGUAAUUUUUUGUGGUUCAAAAAAAUAAGAACACAUAUUGGUAAACCUACUGCCUAUAGUGUGAAUUUGUAAAAUGCAGCUGUAUUGCACAAUGUAUGGUCAACAGAAUUGGCAACAACAUUUGUAUUUUCACCUAUAGCAGUGUUUCCCAACAGCACACAUUUUUGCUGUAGCCCCGGACAAACUCACCCGAUUCAACUCAUUGAGGGCUUGAUGAUUAGUUGACAAGUUGAAUCAGGUGUGCUUGUUCGGGGCUACAACAAAAAUAUGUGCGGUGUGGGGUACUCGAGGACUGGAGUUGAGAAACACUGACCUAUAGAACCUCAAUAUUGUUUGCUUAGCUCUCAUAGUUUUGAUUGGUCCAAUUCAUACUAAAGGAUCCAAUCAUGUCCAUGUUGCUAGACAGGCCGUCAUGUUGCAUGUUGCUCUUCAUCUCCAGGUGUGGCUCUAUUGAGACCAUAGGGCCCAGUCCAUCAAAGUCACCCACCACAUGCCCAUCCGACAUGCCUCCAUCUCCAAACAGGUAUUUUGCCACAUGUACACAUAUUGUACACCAGAGGACGCCAAACUCAGCUCCUUGAGGCCUCUUACUGCUGCUUCUGUUAUCUGUUAUAUUGAGAAGGAUAUUGAACUUGCCUCAAGUGCAAGGUUUGAUCUGUGUUUUUCUGUGAAAAGUAGGGCAAUCAUGUCAGUUCUAUAGAAGACAUUACUGGUAUCUCUAACUGGUAUAACUGAGUCACAAAUACUGUAGUAAUGUGUAGAUUCAUAUGCUUUACUACAGUAUAUGCGAGUCAGGAGGAAUCUACAAGCCUCAAUCCCUAAAUGUUCCAUUCACUAUCACUGGACCAUAUAUCCACUGAACCAUACUUAUUUUGGCACUGCGGUCAUUCAGUUUGUGCUGCUCAGUUGUCAAUCUGUGGUAACCUGGACCAUGUUCUCCCCUGCAGGUCGGUGAGCGGUAAGAAGCUGUGCUCCAGUUGCGGUCACCCUCUGGGCAAAGGGGCGGCCAUGAUCAUUGAGACCCUCAGCCUUUACUUCCACAUCCAGUGCUUUAAGGUCAGUAUCACGCAGGCAGGCUGUGUUAGGUCAGCAUCAUAUCAUCAAAGCAACACAUCCAUCCAUAGGUAGUAGCCACAGGACCAUGACUAAUGCAAUUGAUGAUGAAUUUCAAUCCAACCCGUAAACCAACCCCCCCAGAUUCUCCUUGUUGAUCUUUAAGGAUUGUAUAGGUGCAAGUAAUAUGGCAAAUGUCCCGCCCAACCAAUCAGAAGGCAAGGUGAAGGAAUUACCAUAUUGCUUAAACCUUUCCAUCCUCUCUGAUCAACACUUUAACCAAUGCCGCCAGCCUUGUCCAAUCAGUGAUUACUACAAGCAAGGAAGGAAAGAAUGAUGCAUUUUCAAAGUAUUCAAACAAAGCCUAUGUCUUGCUUUGCUUCCACCUUCCUCUCUCUCUUUCUUCCUCUUCCCCCUCUCUGCAGUGUGGGGUCUGUAAGGGACAGCUGGGUGACACCACCACGGGGACAGACGUGAGGAUUCGGAACGGCCUCCUCAACUGCCACCAGUGCUACAUCCGCUCCCGCUGUGAGUCACACACACACUCACAUCCCCGCUUGCACACACACACACACACACACACACACACACACACACACAUGUAUACAUACUUGCAUACAUCCUCUCUCUCUCUCUUUCUCACAUACACACCUUUGUCUUCCUCGCUUUCACAUGAUAAAUAGCUACAUCACACUCUAAUGAAUUCAUUGCCCUUUUCACAGUAUUAAUUUUGCUGAUGUAAGAGUAUCAUGUACCCAAUUGCCUCAGAGAAAUACAUGUCUUUUUCCUUAAUCCCAUUGAAUUACGAUGAUCCUCUAUUAGAGAAUUUACGGUUGUCCUUAUUGUUGCUCUGUUUCUUUUCAGCAGCCUGCCAGCCAACCACAUUGUGACGACGUUGGGAAAGCACAAGGAUUACGGAGAAACUGUCUCCCCUCUUCCUUUUUCUCCAGAUAAUCGACAUAUGUGUGGAAUGUGUCUUGUCUGUCAAGGCCUAUGUUGGGAUCUUUGCAAUGUCUGCAAUUCACAUCCCAUCGACUUUAUUGAAAUGGGCCAAAAAAUGUCUGACCUUGGAAAAUUGUGUGUUCAUUGAAUAUUAGUGACUGAUCAUAGUCGCCCUUUGGAUUCUAUUGGCCCUGUAUGAUUACAGCUCAGAGGUUCUCACUUCCUCAUUUCUAUAUGCACCCACAAGCCCUUGAGAGGAUGGUGGCCAUUUUGAAUCUGAGCUCUGAUACUGUAAAUAUGGUGUAGACAGUAUGACAGCCUCCAUCACUUCAAAACUGUAUAGGAAACUCCUGAAAAUACCAAUGCAAUGAAAUCCAAUCAAUGAGUUUGGCACUUAGACUCAAUAUUUCUUAAUAAGAAAACCCUUUAUUUUAAUUGAAUUAUUCUCUGGUAUGGAGGUUGUUGGAUAGACUUUAUUAGUCUUUCCUUUGUAACCAGCUUUUAAUUUGUUCCUUAAGAAGGUUGUCAAGAUUUCGAAUUAAAGUUUAAAGUAUUGUAAUAGAAGUGCAUUCCAUUUUGAUGACUUGAGAUCUUUAGGGGUUAUUUCUUGAUGGUCAACAAAAGGCUUAGAAAAGCCUGAUUGUUACUCCUGUUUUAGAUUUUCGCUUAAACCACAAUUAAUCCAAACUGGCUUUAAAUUCUGAGAGUAAAAUUGUUUUUCUGCCUUUCUUAUAUUUACAGGAAGCUCGAAAAUUGGCUGUUUAUCUUUUAUUUAUUCCCUGUUGCUUUAGUAGCCUACUGGAUAAAAAAUAAAUAUCGUGCUGUCACUAGGAUAUACAUUACAGUAACAUCGCACUUUGGCCUGAAAACGUUCUCCUUUUCUCACUUUCUUUGCUCGAAACAAAUAUCGCUUACAAGUUAGAUGUACUUGAUUUUAGAGCAAUAACAGGAACUGGUGCAUGUGAACUUGUUGCGCUUGUGGAGGAUAACAAUUGUCAUUAGUACGGAUGUAUGCUACUGUACUAAACCAUUCGGUUUCCUCUUAACCAAUUAUCUUUAGGAAUUUCACGCUUGGAAUGUCAUGAAACAUGUGCCUUAGGUAAGCAGGUGGUUUCACACGCCAGGGAAGAUAACCCAAAUACGGUGUCCACUUAAGUAUGACUGGUAAGAAAUUAGAGGUUUUUGUCCAUUUGAGUAUGAUUGGGUAGGUUGGGAGGUAUUU